AUGUCCACACAUAACGGUAUGUUUGUUGAUAUUCUUCCAGUAGGCCCCCCGAACUCGUCUGCUUCUCCAAUUACUCCAACGGAUGGUCAUUUUGACGUUCAUCCAAACAACAAUCUUGCUUUGAAAUCAAUCAACCUUUCCGACAACAUGGAAACCACAACUUACACUUCGAAUAAUCAGUCCGCUGCUUCUACUUAUAACAACCCGCAAAUUACGGAUAUGGGGAUACCGUUCAAUUAUCCGUACCUAAUUAACAACUACAGUCUAUAUCGAGUACCAAAUCAAACUUUGGAGAGAAAUGAUUUGGUGCAACCAAUUUUCGUACCGCAACAAUCUUCGUUGCCCGAAGAGGACUGUUCGCUGAUUUCAAGAUCUGCGGCGGAAAACACGCAAGCAAUGCUUGAUUGUUCGAGUAGUUGGCAGAUGGAAACGAAAGAUGAUGUCUAUCAACUUCGUUUCAUACCAGAGGAUAUAAACAGAAUGUCUCCUAUGUACGGAUCCGCUGUUCCAAGCCCCCCUCAGGCAUUCGACCAAAUGUCACCUUUGGUCGGAUAUCAAGUAAAGUUUGAAGAUAUUAGUACAAAUGUUGCCAUGGUGAACGAUUACUCAGAACGUGUUGGUCAGGAUUUCCGCCAGCCGCCGACACCAUCAUCUGCAGCAUCCCCCGGCCCAGCAUCUCCGACCCCCGUCAGUCAAAAGCCACCCGUAUAUACCAAAUGGACGGAAGAAGAGGACGAAUUGCUUAGAGCAGCAAUUUCUAUGUAUGGUCCGCAUAAAUGGUCUCUAAUUGCAGCUCACGUCCCCAAUCGCACACCAAUGCAAUGUUCAACAAGAUGGUUGGGUGCACUAAAUCCGACAAUUCACAAAGGCAGAUGGACACCAGAAGAAGACGCUGCACUAAAGGAAGCAGUGGCCGAAUACAUAAACGCUCUAGAUGCUGAUGGAAAUCCACAGCCAAUUCCGUGGAACAAAAUUGCAACUCGAAUCCCUCAUCGGACUGGUAUUCAGUGUCAAGCAAGGUGGUCGGAAGCGCUUGAUCCCCGAGUUAGGAAGGGCAAAUGGUCGUCAGACGAAGAUGACAUCCUUAAAGAGGGUGUCAAGAGGUUCGGUAGAUGUUGGAUAAGAAUUGCAGAAAUGAUUAACGGGAGGACACAGCGUCAAUGUCGGACACGUUGGGUUCAGAUACAAAAUAAACAAGCGAAACAAGAUCGUGAUGCACGUAGUGGUGGAACCCAAGCUACUUCGAUAUCAUCAUCACCUAAAUCAGAAACUUCACUUUCUCCACUUAGUCCGCCGAAGACGACACCGCCAACGCCUUCCAAGACGAUGUCCUCUGCCAAAAUACUUCAUUCGAAUUUGGCAGACCGAUCACAAACCCAAAUCGGAAACAGAUUAACACCGACAAUGGCAUCCGUAACACCUAUAACGGAGAAUGGCAAAACCAUUAGGUCAUUAAACUCAAUGCUUAAAGUUCAAUCAGUAAGGGCCGACAGUCCACAGAUGGCUAAAAAUGGAUUGAGUUCUAGGACAGACGUCCCUCUUGUAAGCACUAUACAAAACGGCGAUCAACUGUCUAUGUUCGUCGGUUCAUACCCAUUUCAGUAG